UGUAAUGACUGUGGCUGUAGAAGAAGAACCAAGAAGCUUGAUCUCUGCUGCCUCAUCAGAGAAAUCUCUCCCAGUGUCGCCUAAACAGAGGACUCCCUCACCAGUACCUUCUCCAUCAGUGUCUGCACCUUCCACAGUUGAGAGCAGUUUGACUGUCACUGUAACCGAAUCUGAUACCACAGACAAACCCAUCUCAGAAGGGGAGAUUGUAUAUAGCUAUGGACAGAUAGCUGUUGCUCGAGCUUUAGCAGAAGGUGGUGUUUAUCCGAACCUGCCAGAAAGCUUAUCCAGCACUCUAAGGGAUGCCAAUGAUAUGGAAUUUGACCCCCCCAGUGAA